AUUUUAGGUUACAACACCAGCAGAACUAUUUUGCUGGAGGAGGAGGUGCGUCUGCGAGGCGCGAGGUCAGUGAUUUCCUCCAGGAUGUCGGCUCCAUCGGCGCCAUCGCACAGCAUCUUCGACGCUGCGACGCAAUCGCACAGCGAUGCCUACACAUUCCUCGAAUUCAAUACGCAGGGGGACGAAUUCGACUAUCCAGAGUUUACCGAGCUGAGCCAGCCCGUUCGUCCGGCGUCGGUGUGGCCAGAGGCGGCGUCCUUCAGCGUCAGUGUCACGCCGCCGGAUGCUGGCGACGAUGCCGCGGCCGCGACUGGAGCAGCGGCGGCGGCGGCGGCAGCAGCGAGCACUGGGGCCAGUGAUCCUGCGACAGAGGCCAAGAGCAAUCAGGCAGCUUUGAAUGCGCUAUCGGCAAGUAUCAGUGAUCUUAACUUUGAAGACACUGGGGAAGAUGAUAGCCAGGAUUAUUCCAAGAGGGCGCUUCCAGAGCACGCUUGCAAGUACUGUGGAAUACACAACCCGGCUUGUGUCGCGCGAUGCAACGUUCCUACUUGCCGCAAGUGGUUUUGUAAUUCCCGCGGCAACACUUCCGGCUCACACAUUGUGAAUCACCUCGUUCGAGCUAAGCACAAGGAGGUUUGCCUUCACAAAGAUAGCCCGCUCGGAGAAACUAUUCUCGAAUGCUACAACUGUGGCUGCCGCAAUGUGUUUUUGCUGGGUUAUAUCUCUGCCAAGUCCGAGAGUGUUGUAGUGCUCUUGUGCCGUGAGCCUUGCUUAAGUGUCAGCGGCUUGAAAGACAUGAACUUUGAUCUAAGUCAGUGGCAGCCGCUUAUAGAUGAUCGCUGUUUUCUUCACUGGCUUGUAAAGGUUCCUUCCGAGCAGGAACAGCUACGGGCACGACAAAUCAGCGCGCAACAAAUAAACAAGGUGGAAGAGCUUUGGAAGACAAACCCGGAUGCGACAUUAGAAGACCUUGAAAAACCUGGAGUUGAUGAUGAACCACAACCCGUCGCGCUAAAAUACGAAGAUGCCUAUCAGUAUCAAAAUGUUUUUGGGCCGCUAGUGAAGCUUGAAGCCGAUUACGAUAAGAUGAUGAAAGAAUCUCAAAGUAAGGACAACAUUACCGUUCGUUGGGACGUUGGGCUGAACAAAAAGCGCAUUGCGUACUUUGUGUUUCCAAAGGAAGACAAUGAACUGAGGCUUGUACCCGGCGACGAACUGCGUCUGCGGUAUUCUGGUGACAGUUCUCAUCCUGCUUGGCAGUCGGUUGGGCAUGUGAUUAAACUGACCGCGCAAGAGGAGGUUGCUUUAGAGCUUCGAGCGAGCCAGGGGGUUCCAACUGAUGUGCUUCAUAAUUUUAGCGUGGACUUUGUUUGGAAAAGCACCAGUUUCGACAGGAUGCAAGCUGCUAUGAAAACCUUUGCCGUCGAUGAGACCAGUGUCAGCGGAUACAUCUAUCACCGACUUUUGGGUCACGAGGUGGAGUCUCAAACUGUGCGAAAUACAUUGCCGAGGAGGUUUGCUGCUCCAGGUCUGCCCGACCUGAAUGCUUCGCAGGUUUAUGCUGUUAAACACGUAUUGCAAAAGCCUGUUAGCCUCAUUCAAGGUCCACCUGGAACUGGUAAAACGGUGACUUCCGCGGCAAUUGUUUACCACUUGGCGAAACAAGGGCAAGGACAGGUCCUAGUAUGUGCUCCAAGUAACGUUGCGGUUGAUCAACUCGCGGAGAAGAUCAGUGCGACUGGCUUGAAGGUUGUGCGGCUAUGUGCGAAGUCCAGAGAAGCUGUCAGUUCGCCUGUCGAACAUCUUACUUUACAUUAUCAGGUUAGACACUUGGAUACAUCUGAUAAAAGUGAACUACACAAGCUGCAAAUGCUGAAAGAUGAACAAGGCGAGCUUUCAAGUGCCGAUGAAAAGAAAUACAAAGCUUUGAAAAGGGCAACAGAGCGUGAAAUUGCCCAAAGUGCUGAUAUUAUAUGCUGUACUUGUGUUGGUGCUGGAGAUCCUCGCCUCGCAAACUUCAGAUUUCGACAGGUUCUCAUCGAUGAGUCGACUCAAGCAACUGAACCGGAAUGCCUUAUUCCUCUGGUUCUGGGUGCUAAGCAGGUUGUUCUUGUCGGCGAUCACUGUCAACUAGGACCUGUGAUUAUGUGCAAAAAAGCAGCGCGUGCUGGUCUGGCACAAUCACUGUUUGAAAGGCUUGUACUUUUGGGAGUAAAACCCAUUCGUCUUCAGGUGCAAUAUCGAAUGCACCCUUGCUUGUCCGAGUUUCCCUCCAAUAGCUUUUACGAAGGAACACUGCAAAACGGCAUUUCAAUGAACGAGAGGCUUUCAUCUGGUACUGACUUCCCAUGGCCUGUUCCUACACGUCCAAUGUUCUUCUACGUUCAGAUGGGCCAAGAGGAAAUAAGUGCAAGCGGGACAUCCUACCUGAAUAGGACAGAGGCUGCCAAUGUCGAAAAAAUCGUGAGCACGUUCCUGAAGAGUGGUGUUGUACCUAGUCAGAUUGGUGUUAUCACUCCAUACGAAGGUCAGCGAGCCUACAUUGUUAGCCAUAUGGCUAGAAAUGGAAACCUUCGACAGCAGUUGUACAAAGAGAUCGAGGUCGCCAGUGUCGACUCCUUUCAGGGACGUGAAAAGGACUACAUCAUAUUAUCCUGUGUUAGAAGCAACGAACAUCAGGGCAUUGGUUUUCUGAACGAUCCCCGAAGAUUGAACGUGGCGCUUACUCGAGCUCGGUUUGGAAUUGUUAUCCUAGGUAAUCCCAAGGUUCUGAGUAAGCAAGCCCUUUGGAAUGGUCUCUUAUCACAUUACAAGGAGCACGAAUGCUUGGUCGAGGGACCUCUGAAUAAUUUGAAGCAAAGCAUGGUGCAGUUUCAGAAGCCUAAAAAGAUCUUCCACGAUCGACGAGUUUAUGGUCCUGUUGGAGUUGGAGUUGUUCCUGCCGCUGCAGGGCCAUACGAUAAACGCAGUGGUCGUGGCAAAGUUGUGGACGGUCGUGGAGGUGGCUACAUGCCAUUUGGUGCUAUUCCUCACAAAGGAGGCAUUCCUCAUCCUGGCUUCCCGCAACCGCGGAUGCCUCUUCCUCCUUUUCCCGGCGGUCCGCAUACGCAGCCUUACGCCAUUCCACCGCGCGGUACUCUUCACGGACCAAUCGGUGGAGUUCCAGGGAAUAGAGGUUAUGGUGGUCGUGGCAACGCCGGGGGACCUAUAGGUGGCCACCUAUCCCAUCAUCAACCAUCCCAAGGGUUGGGAGGAAUUGGUGGCUUUAACUUUGGACUGGACAAUCCAUCUAGCCAGCCUUCCAUGGGUGGGCCGCUUACUCAGCAGGGACUAAUGACUCAGGGUUUGAGCCAGAAUUUGAGGGAAGGAUAUUCAUUGGGAGGGAUGUCACAGGAUUUUCUGGCCGAGGAUUUCAAAUCUCAGGGUUCUCAUGUGGGAUACAAUGGACCAGAAUUUUCAACACAGGCCGGUAUGUAUGGGGUUGAUUUCGUCACCCAGGGAACCCAAGGCACGUACCCUGGCGAUUACAUGAAUCAGAAUUCGCAAGGUUACGGUUCAAACAACGAGUUUGUACCUCAGGACUUCCUGUCUCAUGGAUCACAGAACUUGUUCACCCAAGUUGGCUUCGGCGAACGCACUCAAGAUGAUCCAUCCGCUCAAGCUCACUACGGUCUGGGUGCCCACCAGGGUCUCAUGGGGCCAAUGUACUCGCAGCCCUUCACGCAGUACACACAGCCGUUGAAUCAACAGCAGCCGGCCCAGCACCGCAUGCAUUACAAUGGUUAGAGAAAAGCCGGGAAGGGACUCGACGUACGCUCGUUCUCUUCUGAACAACGGACACGGUCCGAGCAGCAUCCGAAGAAUUCCGGGAUGUACAAACGGCGAGACACAAGCGACGAGACAACGACGAUGAUGGCGACGAUGGCGACGAUGGCUUACCUUCUUCUCUGAAGGAAACAGAAGGGAGGAAAAAUCCGCCGGCAUCAAGUCUUCUUUGUUUUUGCAAGCGCGGUGCAAGUUCUAGUGGCACUUCCCUUCAACCAGUGCGACGUCUAACUUGCUUAAGGUGCUCGAUCCGAUCAAUCUCCUCCAUGGUAUGGACUAAGUUUGUCAAAGUUACAGCAUUUAGGACUUGGUUUUAAGUGAUAUGUCCAAUUUGCUGAUCUUUUGUUUUCCAAAAUAAAUACCCGAUUUUUUAUCAA